CCGCAGUCUCUGGUCAUCCCUGUACUGUCCGCAGUCUCUGGUCAUCUCCUGUACUGUGUCCGCAGUCUCUGGUCAUCCCCUGUACUGUGUCCGCAGUCUCUGGUCAUCCCCUGUACUGUGUCCGCAGUCUCUGGUCAUCCCCUGUACUGUGUCCGCAGUCUCUGGUCAUCCCCUGUACUGUGUCCGCAGUCUCUGGUCAUCCCCUGUACUGUGUCCGCAGUCUCUGGUCAUCCCCUGUACUGUGUCCGCAGUCUCUGGUCAUCUCCUGUACUUAUGAAAAAAAAAAAAAAUAUAUAUUUUUUUUUUUUAUUAUAUUUAAUUUUUUAUUAC